AUGUCAAAAAAUUUAGAGCUCACAUAUCUGCAAAGACAAUUCCCUAACAAGAUGAACCCAGACCCUUGAAAUCCUGACAAGAUGAUCAACUGUUCAGUUUUGGUAGAAAGAUAUUUCGAUUGUGUAGACAAUCUCAAUGCACGGAACAUAAAAUCCUUAAAAAAUGCGUGUCCACAGAUGAAAAGAUUUGCGACACUUUGCUAUAAAUUAGAGCCUAAAUAUUUUUUGGAUUCAGUUGGAAAAGAAAUUGAUGAGGAAACUUAUUUGAAUUUAUAUAUAAGUAAGCAAUUAGGAUAUGAAACAAAGAAAAGAAGUAUUUGGAAGUCUAAGGAACAUAGUAAAGAAAAAGAUUAA